AGUCGGCGGCCGCGCGCAGCACGCUUGGGGCCCGGAUGGCGGCGGCGGCGGCUGGAAAUGGGACACCCCGCGAGGAGGAGGGGCCCAGUGGGGAGGCAGCGGCCCCGCCGCCGCAGGCCCCGACGAGUGUGCCCGGAGCUCGUCUCUCGAGGUUGCCGUUAGCGCGAGUGAAGGCCUUGGUGAAGGCGGACCCCGACGUGACCCUCGCGGGACAGGAAGCCAUCUUCAUUCUGGCACGAGCAGCGGAAUUAUUUGUGGAGACCAUUGCAAAAGAUGCCUACUGCUGUGCUCAACAAGGAAAGAGGAAAACCCUUCAGAGGAGAGAUUUGGAUAAUGCAAUAGAAGCCGUGGAUGAAUUUGCUUUUCUGGAAGAGAGAGCUCGCAUGCUUGAGCGAGAGGGGCAGAGAGAGGGGGAAAGAGAGAGAAUCCCAAGAAUCCAGUACUGUCAGCUCAACGCGGGGUUCAACAUGAGCUGAGCCGAAAUCAAGAGUUGGACUCUUAACUGACUGAGCCACCCAGGUGCCCUAUAGUUAUUAUUUUGCCACUGGGAGAUUAUGUACUUGCCUGUUUGUUGUUAAGAAUUUUGGAUUAAGUUGUGUACUAAGUCUUGUCAUUGAAAUAGAAAAUAUUUGAGAUACCUUAUUUUAGCUAUCUUCUUUCAGGGCUAUUUCUCCUAUUUAAUUACUAUAUCUGAUCAGCUUAUUGUUCCCUGCACAAAUUCUACUUGAAUAUGUGAAAGCAGUGCACUUGGAGUUCAUUCUUGCCCUUACAAUACCAGGGUGUUCUCAUUAUCUCUUUCAAGCCUCAUUAUCUCCACAAAUCCUUUGUGGCUUUAUUUAUUUCACUAGUUUUCUCUUUUGUUCUGUGUCAUAUAUAUCACUAUUUUUCUCUUUUGUUCUGCGUCAUAUAAUCUGGGCCUCUCACCCUUUUGAUACAUUCUUUUAAAUGUGUUUCAAGAUACAUUUCCAUAGCUAGCUUCAAGUCUAGAUUAUUGAGUAUUCUUUCAGUUUGUAGGUCUGUCUUAACCCUUUUUUUGCUUACUCAUUUUUCUUAGUAACUUGUUACCUGCCUACCUAAGGAAGGCAGCUUCUUGUGACAGACUUCCCAUCAGUUCUCCAAAAAUGUUCAGAGCCUGCUUUACCAGCUCACUUUUAGUGACCAGUUUUUCAGAGUAUAUAAUAAGAUAUGUAUUUUAAAGAGAUAACACUACAGACCUGUGGAUGAUGAAUUGGAGGGUACCACAGAAUAGAAGUGGAGAGAUCUUAUGUAGUUUU